CCCUCAUUUCCUUCCGUCACCACGUUCCGCGCGUGCGCCCCCGCGCCUCUCUGCCGCGGGCUCUUAUAGCGGCGGCCCGAGCCCUAGCGAGGUCGAGUGACCGAGCGAGUUAGCGAACGAAGGCGUGGGCCGGCUGCUCGAAGAGCUCGGGACACCGACGCCGCGACAUGGGGCCCUCGCUGCUGUGGCUGCUGGCGGCCGUGCUGCUCUGCGCUCGGCCCGCCUCCGGAACCGCUGGCUUUAUAAAAUCACCACUAUCCAAAAAGAAAUUGGUGGAGGACAGUGUGGAAUUACACUGUGAGGCAAUUGGCAGCCCCAUCCCAGAGAUCCAGUGGUGGUUUGAAGGAAACGAACCUAAUGAGACCUACUCCCAGCUGUGGGAUGGUGCUCGGCAGGACCGCAUCAGAAUCCAUGCCACCUACAAUGAGCAUUCUACCAGUACUGUCUUCAUCUCUAACCUCACAGUCAGCGACUCUGGCACGUAUGAGUGUCGGGCCAGCAACGACCCUGACCGCAACCACUUGUCGAAGAGUCCCAAAAUCAAGUGGGUUCGUUCCCAAGCAAACGUAAUUGUCAUCGAACGAAGCACUGUUUUGACGGCUAUAGAUGUUUCUGGCCAUAGAACACUCCUGACCUGUAGAUUGAGUCAAGCUUCAACUCAAAUUCAGGGUCAUCGUUGGCUGAAGGGUGGCAAGGUGUUGAAAGAGGAUACGUCGGAUAGUACGGUCACAGAAUAUGAGGUUUUGUCAGAUGAUAGAUCCGGGGAGUAUCAGUGCGUUUUUCUUCCAGAGCUUACAGGAAAGGCUGAGGUACAAGUAAAAGGUCCCCCAAAGAUUUUGAUUAACAAGAAGUCGGAACAUGGCAAUGAGGGAGACAUGAUAAUACUCACGUGUAAGAGUCAUUCAUAUCCCUCUAUCCAACAGUGGAAUUGGUACAAACAACAUGAGCCUGAAAAUACUAUAUCCAUUAUUAAUGGUACUGAUGGGAAGUACUUCAUAACAUCGACUCCUGAAAAAACGGAACUGCAGAUUCAAGCCGCGGAUUUGGAGAAGGAUCCUGGAAAAUACAUCUGCAACGCCACCAACUCUGAGGGCUCUGAUUCUGCUGUCAUCACCCUGAAGGUCCGCAGCCGUCUGGCUGCACUCUGGCCUUUCCUGGGCAUUGUGGCAGAGGUGCUGGUCCUGGUCACCAUCAUCUUCAUCUAUGAGAAGAGGAGAAAGCCUGAUGAUUUGUCAGAAGCUGAACCCCCACGUGAUGAGGAUGGCGGCUCUGCACCACUGAAAAGUGGCGUGUCUUCAAAUGACAAAGAUAGACAAAACGUUCGUCAGAGAAAUGGCAGCUGAGCAAAGGUAACUUCUGAUGAAGACCUCACCUGGAUCGAUAUGGAUAUGGAUAUGGAUGUGUGUGUGUGUGUGUGUGUGUGUGUGUGUGUGUUUCUUUGCAGUGUAACAUGGAGUAUGUUCAUAAUGUACCUUGCAAAAUCCAAGUUGUCUUCACCACAUUAUAGCAAACUAAGUUGUAAAUUCAAGUACUUUUUAAAAUUGUUGGAGGGUGGUGUUUUUUUAUGUUUUUGGUUUUUUGGGUUUUUUUUUCCCCUACAUGUAAAUUUUUGUCCUUUGGCCACCAGUCAGUCUGAUCUCUGGCGUCAGUCCCUGGGGAUGUGGGGUAAUAGAUAUUGUGGUCUGCGUGCCUGUCCUCUUCUGGAUUUCUCUACCCUUAUUCUGGGCCAUGAGUCACAGAACUGGGGAGAGUGUUCUUUUGGCAGGAAGGGUCCUUUCUUUUUUUAGAGGCCCAGCUGCCAAUAAAGUAGAGGAUGCCGUAGCGGCUGGCUGCGUGUUCUAAAAGGGUAGAGUGUGUGAUAUUGUGUCGUAUGGGAGGACCGUCCAGUCGGGCAGAACAUAAUCUGCUUCUGCCCAACUAAUCAAAUGAGGUGGCUUAAAAAAAUGGGUCCUGCUAAUAACCUGCCUGUCUGAAGCAAUUGCUGUCUUGUCUUUUUAAAGAAAAACCAUAUUUACAGCCACAAGUAUUACUUGCCUUUCUUGGAAGAUGUUCAAAUGACCUUUUCUGUGUGAUAUGAUCUGACGUCAGUGGUUAAGAGUAAGUGAUGGGCAAGCAGCUUACAAAGGCCCCUCUCCUGUUCCCUGAAUGUUCUCACUGGCAGUUUGCCUACGCCCUCAAGGGUCCCUUGCUCCUUUGGUUCACAGUGUAACAUUUGAUAUCCCUGCAGGGAAACCCACACCACCUGCUUCACAGAGAUCUGAGUGUUGUGUUAAUCUCAAUGUUCCAAGCUUGCCAUUCAUGGCCUUCUCUUCCAAAAUGCCACCUUCCAGCUAAAUCAUGUGAAAAGCAAAACCUGAAAUCUAAGAGCAAGGGUGAUUGUGGUAAUCACUUAUUGUGCAGACUUAUUUAGUAUCGUCAUAAUGUCAUCGGCACAGUGGAGCCAGCCACACAGUAGGUGGCGAGACUGUGCUGUCAUAGACUAGACCUGCAUAUGACAGUUCGUUAUGUCCAUGUGCACAUGACAGGCAACAGUGAAACCUGUUCCACUUGAAAUGUUGGCUCCUUAUCCCCAUCUGCCCUAGGAACCUGUGAGUGCAUAAUACAUGUGUAGUCUGUGCUGAUUGCCAGUAUUCCCCUCGUAUUUUGAGGCACCCCUGCCUGUUAACAUUUCAUCAAUAAAGACAUCUUUUUCCAUUUUCCA